AUCUAUUAUUCAGAUGACUUUUUCCUAGUGCACUCAGUGAGCUCCAGUGUUUGGAUGCCGAGGUGAUAAAUGAGCCACUCGACCGUUUUUUCCCCUUCUUUUGGCUUUCUUUAGUCUAUUUCAUAGACGCCAACUUAGCUGCCAACUUGCUGCGGCGAGAACCGGACAUCACAAAGUGUUACACUUUCUAAGGCUCUCCCAUCGUUGUCUUGGAACAACUAUGAACAUUCGUUAUUUUUAUCAUCAUUUAUCGCAUUUUUGCUCUAAAACCGUAACAUACAAAUUAGUUUAAUUGUAUUAAUGAUGUUGCUGGUUGCCUUGUCAUAAAACUCAAGAGUCAAGAGCUAUGACACUAACAAGCCUGACAAAAAAAUAUUCCUGCCGAAUGAUGCGCUUUCAUUAACGUCGCCGAGCAUCCUGUCUCUCUUGAUGGCGCUCUCGUACCGAACCGGGAAUGAACAUGAGUGUUGCGCACAGAUGCGCAGCCAUAAAUUUGAAUACUCCGUUGUGUUAGAUUAAGAAAACUGAACACCCCAAUAACAAUACAGAUUGACAUUACAAUGCAUAAGCCCAGUAAAGUCACACUUAGUAACUUGUGAGGAGGUGUGUUCAGUAUAAGAGCCAAUUAUGCUCUCUGAUUCCGUGACCGAAUAUGUAAGUUUGACAUACUAUAAACUAAGCCUUUUAAAUAAAUAAACCUGAUUUGCAGCUUUGUAGCUGAUAAAGACAAAAACUCGUCUUAAUUCUGCUGAAAGAGUCGGCUACCAGCACCUCCCGCAACAAUGAGUCACAUGAGUAGCAUUUCGGAAAGCAUUCCCGAAUCGUCGCUUUACGAUUCGUUAAAUACAUUCGUUAAGUGUAGCACAAGCUGAGAACAUAGCUACCACUAAAUGAUUCGCGAUAAAAUUCCACACACUGAGUGAGUCUUUCUUUCCUUUUUUUCGACUCGACGAAGCCGUCGUUUCGUAUCACAGCCUCCACCAUUGUCAACCGGGUGUUUACGGAUGUUUUAUGGAUUUCGCAUAUUCGGAACAUUUCUGUGCGUAAUGAACAUUGCGAUUACAGUGCUUGCAUGUGACCACUUGUCCUCUGUAGAUCACCAGGGUCAUUUCAGGGUCGACCUGCACAUAUGAUGGAAAAUUGGGAUAAAACGUUAAGCAAACACGUUCUUCAAAUGAGCACACCCACAGUAAAUAACUAAGAGAUCUUUGCCAAUGAACCAUUGUUUCAUUCAUAUAUCGCAUCUGUAAGACAGGUUCGAAGAUGCACCACAGACAAACAAACGUAACUCUUGCGAAAUGUCCAUCGACCACGCUUUUAACGAUCAUUUAAAUCUUCACAGGUGUUGAUUUCACAACCAGAAGCGCGCGCAUCGUUUUCCUUUGCGUUUGACGUUUCAUACUAGCGCCUUCUGUUGACGAUAUUGCAUAACGCAGUGAUUCGUGAAACAUUCCCACCAGGUGAUGGUAGUGUGGACUGGGCGAUGGGUUUUCACGAAAAUGGUUCUAGGUGUUACCUCUAUUUGUCUGUGACUGCACUCUGCCCAAAAAGUCAACGAAAUUUCUAUUACGAGCACAAUAGAACUCCAAAGCAUAGUCUAAUGUUAUUAAUUGAUCAUAGGGUGAAAUGAAUAUCAUUAUUGGUAUAGCGAACGGGAGAAUCCAGAUAUUACGUAUCUCAAAAUUUCACACUCUGGGUAAUCCACAAUAAAUUCAUAACAGAUAGUAGCCGUUGACGUGAUGCAAAAUAUUUCGUCACAAUCAAGUUCAUUCAUUCAAUUUCGUUCGCUUAGCAAAACGCAAAACGGUUCAAAAACAACAGUUUCAAAGCCAUUUGUAUAAACAAAUCAUCAUCGGUCUGAAUAAACGCGAUGCAAAAGCUCUGAACAUUUCAUUCAAAACGUUGGUGUAGUUUGGUAAAAUUCUUUGAACAUGAAGCACUUAUUCAGUAUAUUGAUAGUAAUUCUAGUCGCAGUAUCCAUUCUAGCAAAUGACCCUGUCCCAAUUCCCUCGGACAUCCAGAAGCUGUUCAACGAAGCAAAGCUACCGUGUACUCCACAUGAUGUAGUGAAUCACGCCUGCUACUUUUGCAAGUGCAACUUCCACGGCAACCGCCAGCAUUGCGUGUACACGUGCGAUCCGGAAUCCGGCCGACCCGUAAUGCCCGGUUCGAAAAUGUGCACCGCCAACGAUAAGUUUAGGGACGGUUGCAAGCGAUGUCGGUGCAGCAAGGGACAACUGUUCUUCGAUUGUUUCAUUGCAGAUGUCUGCAACGAUGAAGGCACCGGUGAUGACGAGUUCUGAAUCGUUUAAUCGACUUUGUACUUAAAUGUGAAAUAAUAAAAAAGCUGGUCAUCGGCAUUACUUGUUUUCUAUCAAUUUCCUUCGAUUGAGCCAAGCAAUUAAGCACUGUAUUUGGAGGAAAUGUCAGUGCAAAAUCCGUUUUGUAAAAUUUAAAUUUGAUUUCAGUAGGUAUAAGGAAAGAAAUGAAUGAUUCUCAGAAAUAUUAUCGAGAUUACUUGGUUUUUAGGGUAGUAGACACCCGAAGACUUUAAAAUACGAAUCUACUUUAU